AUGGGCUCUGCUCGGUGUCGUUGGUAUCUUCCUCACGAACUCAUCGUGGAAAUCUUGUCGUACAUUCCAGUGAAGGGUCUUAUGCGAUGGAGGUGUGUUUCGAAGCCUUGGAAUGAUCUCGUUUUGGAUCCUACUUUUGUGAAACUGCACCUUCAAAGGUCCUCCAAGAACAUCCACAUGUUAUACACGUGGAAACCAAUAUUAGAUCCCAAAGGCUUUAGGUGCGGCCCAUCCUCCAUGCACUGCAGCACCGUCCAAGGUAUACUAGAGCACCCAUCUUCAGCCGUUAACGGAGGUGAGGUUCCAUGCGAGUUCGAUAAUCCCAUCGACAUUAUUGGAACCUGCAAUGGAUUGGUUUGUUUAAGGGUUAUUGAGCCAUUCGACGAGAAUGAUGUAUACAAUGAAGUCUAUAUCCGAUUUUGGAAUCCUAGUAUGAGGAUAACAUCGGACUUAUCUCCGCCGUUGGAAAGUCAAAUAUUAUGUUAUAGUCGGUCGUGCGUAUCAUUGGGCUUUGGCUAUGAUGAUUCAAGUGAUACUUACAAGGUAUUGGCACUGGUUAUGAAACAGAAAUCAACUAAUAUAGAGGUGUCAGUUCACUGCUUGGGGGACAAGUUCUGGAGAAAGAUUGCAAAUGCUCCAACAGAUACAAGGAUUGAACGGUAUAAGGGUCACUUUUUGAGUGGCACUCUUAAUUGGAUGGCACGACAUGUCCAAAGAACUGAUGAGCAUGUAAUUUUUUCCUUUGAUUUAAGGAAGGAUACAUACAGAUAUUUGUCAAUGCCUGAUGGUCUUGAAACAAUGGAGCGUUUUCAAGCAGAGCUUGGGAUUUUGAAAGGUUGCCUGUGCCUGGGUGCUUAUGAUAUUCAAUCGGAUGCCGAUUUUUCUCUCUGGCAAAUGAAGGAGUUUGGAGUUCGAGAGUCUUGGACUCUUCUCAUGAUAACUAGUUGUGUCUAUCUUCAAAUUGAUUCCAUUGUACCUUGGGCUUUUGAGCCUCGUCCGUUGCGCAUAUAUGAAAAUGGCGAUGUUCUGUUGCUGAUGAAUCGAUCAAGGUUCAAACUUUUUCUGUAUAACAAGAAAGACAAUAGAAUGCAGAACAUUGAAACUAUCAACAAAUCAAUAUGUUUACACACCAGCGAUUUUGUUCAGACGUUGGUUUUGCCUUAUUGUAAUUGA